AUGACAGCUGAGUUGACUCGGGAAAUAACACUGAUCUCCGUUCAUGUCAAAAGGUCUUUCGCUCAGAAGAUCGGUCUACUGGUCUUGAGUAAAUUCACCGCAGUGGCACUGGGAUGCUUUGCGCCUGGAACACCGCGCAUCGCCAAAAGCAAUGACCGAGCGGAUCGAGCCAACAGCGCGCGCGAGGCCGAGCUUGCAGCAGUGGUGGAGAUGUAA